CACUGAUAUAAAUACAGCUUCGAGCCCCAGCCAAGUCCAUAUACUGCCAAGCGUCUACCCCACAAAGAUGACGGACACUGUUAAACUUGCGGAGUAUCUGUUCACACGAUUGAACCAGUUGGGCGCUAGCGCGGUUCAUGGAGUGCCAGGUGACUUCAAUCUUGACUUGCUCGAUUUUGUCGAGCCCUCAGGUUUGCUCUGGGUUGGCAAUACCAAUGAGCUGAAUGCUGGGUAUGCCGCCGACGGCUACAGUAGGAUCCGAGGUAUUGGUGCAUUAGUUACCACUUUCGGGGUUGGCGAACUUUCAGCGAUCAAUGCUAUUGCCGGUGCAUAUGCUGAGCGAGCGCCCGUUGUUCACAUUGUUGGGACACCGAAUCGCGCAACCCAGGAUGGAAAAGUUCGCGUUCACCACACAUUCAACGAUGGCAACUUUCGACGAUUCGGCCAGAUGCACGCCCACGUUACAGUGGCACAAACCAGCCUGAGAGAUCCACUUACAGCACCCCAGGAAAUCGAUCGCGUGCUGCAGCAAUGUCUGAUACAUAGCAGGCCAGUGUACAUCGAAGUCCCAGUCGACCUUGUAGAGGUACCGGUCCGGUCAGCAAACCUCAAGAAUCCGCUCAAGCUCCCUGAAACCCUCGUGACACCAGCAACAAGCGACGCCAUAAGUCAAGUACUCGACAAGCUAUACGCAGCCAAUCGUCCAAUCGUCUUGUUCGAUGGCGAAUGCAGAGCGCUUAACAUCACCAAGGAGGUGCAAUCGAUCGUUGAAGCUACCAAGUGCCCCACUUGGACGACAUCGUACGGACGAGGCCUUAUCGAUGAGAGCCUGCCCAACUUUCAAGGCGUGUACAAAGGAGCUUUUGACGAUCAAUCAAUCCAGAACUUCUUUGAGCAGGCAGACUUGGUGUUGAUCUUUGGUCCACACUUCAGCACAACAAACUCUUAUGCAUUGACAGCAAAGCCCAACCCCGAGCUCAGCAUCAUCUUCUCAGACAACGAGAUCGAGAUUGGAAGCACAAUUUUACGAGAUAUCCCGGCACGACUAGCUGUCUCUCAGCUACGCAAACAGCUCGACAUCUCUAAGAUCGCACAGUACUCAGCAUCAGACCUGCAAGGUCUAUCGUGGCACGACUCUUCAUCGAUUUCAUUUUCGACGGUAGCAAAAGAUGAAGUAAUCGCUCACUCCAAGCUCUGGGACCUCUUCACCUCCUUCAUCCGCCCCGGCGAUAUCGUUAUGGGGGAGACCGGCACCUCCGGCUACGGCGUGCGCGAAAUGCGCACACCACCCAACGUCCGGAUCUUCGCGCCUGUGACCUGGUUGUCGAUUGGGUAUAUGCUGCCAGCGGCGCAAGGAGCUGCGCUAGCACAGCGGCAGAUGCAGGCUCAAUCAAAUGGUGCUACGGAUGGCAAGAAGGCAAAUAACGGUCGCACAAUCUUAUUCAUUGGCGAUGGAAGUCUGCAGAUGACGGUGCAAGAGAUUUCGACUAUGAUACGGCACGAUCUCAAUGUCAUCAUUGUAGUGCUCAACAACGAUGGGUACACGAUUGAGAGGGCUAUUCAUGGGCUGAAGGAGUCGUAUAAUGAUGUCGCGGCUUGGAGAUAUCUGGGUGCACCAAGUUUCUUUGGCGCGAAAGAAGGUACUUUCACAGCACAGGCUAGGACUUGGGGUGAGCUUGAGAAGGUGUUGUCAAGCAAGGAGCUUACGGAAGGGACAGGUUUGAGGAUGGUGGAGCUGUUCCUGGAUCGUAAGGAUGUGCCGAAGGGUCCGCUAGCGAUGUUGAUGGGGAAGGAGCAGAAGCGCAUGGAAGGGCUGAAGACGAAGCGUGAAGUGAUACCAUAGAUUAUGACAAAAGAAAAUCGUAAGUAGG